AUGCCUUGGCCAUUUUCGGAGUCGAUUAAGAAGAGGGCCUGUCGGUACCUCCUGCAGAGAUAUCUGGGCCACUUCUUACAGGAGAAGUUGAGCCUGGAGCAGCUGAGCCUGGACCUGUAUCAGGGCACCGGGUCCCUCGCCCAGGUCCCCUUGGAUAAAUGGUGUCUUAAUGAAAUCCUGGAGUCAGCAGACGCACCUUUAGAAGUCACUGAAGGAUUCAUUCAGUCAAUUUCCCUGUCGGUUCCAUGGGGCUCCUUGCUGCAGGACAAUUGUGCACUGGAAGUGAGAGGACUAGAGAUGGUCUUCCGACCUAGACCUCGUGUAGCGACUGGGUCUGAGCCUAUGUACUGGUCAAGCUUCAUGACCAGCAGUAUGCAGCUGGCAAAGGAGUGUCUUAGCCAGAAACUGACAGAUGAGCAAGGAGAAGCAUCCCAGCCUUUCGAAGGACUGGAAAAGUUUGCCGAAACCAUUGAAACAGUGCUAAGAAGAGUGAAAGUUACUUUUAUAGACACUGUGUUAAGAAUUGAACAUGUGCCAGAAAAUUCCAAAACUGGAGCUGCACUUGAGAUCCGAGUAGAGAGAACCGUGUACUGUGAUGAGACUGCCGAUGAGUCCUCAGGAGUCAAUGUGCAUCAGCCCACAGCGUUUGCUCACAAACUGCUGCAGCUCUCUGGAGUGUCUCUCUUCUGGGAUGAAUUUUCUGCUUCAGCAAAAUCUUCCCCCGUGUGUUCAACUGCACCAGUGGAAACUGAGCCAAAGCUGUCACCUAGCUGGAACCCCAAAAUUGUUUAUGAGCCACACCCACAAUUAACUAGAACUUUACCAGAGAUAGCACCCUCGGAUCCAGUGCAGAUUGGAGGUCUAGUGGGCAGACUGGAAUUGAGUCUCACUUUGAAACAGAAUGAAGUGCUUCCAGGAGCCAAGUUGGAUGUUGAUGGACAGAUAGAUUCCAUUCAUCUAUUCCUGUCACCAAGGCAGGUACAUCUGCUUUUGGAUAUGUUAGCAGCUAUUGCUGGACCAGAAAAUUCUAGCAAAAUUGGGUUAGCUAAUAAAGAUAGGAAAAAUCGACCCAUGCAACAAGAAGAUGAAUAUCGAAUUCAGAUGGAAUUAAACCGGUACUAUCUGAGGAAAGAUUCUCUGUCUAUGGGUGUAUCUUCAGAGAAAAGCUUCUAUGAAACAGAGACAGCUCGUACACCUUCUAGCCGUGAAGAAGAAGUUUUCUUCUCCAUGGCCGACAUGGACAUGUCUCACAGUCUGUCUUCUCUUCCACCCCUUGGAGACCCUCCACACAUGGACUUGGAGUUAUCCCUGACUAGUACAUACACAAACACGCCUGCAGGAUCGCCGCUAAGUGCUACUGUGCUGCAGCCAACUUGGGGAGAGUUUGCGGACCACAAAGAGCAGCCUGUAAGAGGGCCAGCAUUCUCGUCUGACUUGGUCCACCCGGCGCCUUUACCAAAAGCUGCCCUGCCCUCUAGGUCUGUUUCAGUGGAUGAAUCGAGGCCUGAGUUCAUCUGUAGACUGGCAGUCGGCAUCUUCUCAGUCUCCGUGCUUCAUAUCGAUCCUCUGUCUCCAGCGGAAACAUCCCCAAACAUUAAUCCAUUGACACCCUUGGCUGUCGCGUUCUUCUCUCGUAUAGAAAAGAUGGACCCAACAAGAUUGUCAGCAGAAGAUUUUAAGUCCUUCCGAGCAGUCUUUGCAGAAGCUUGUUCCCAUGAUCACCUUAGAUUUAUAGGCACUGGCAUCAAAGUGUCCUAUGAGCAGAGGCAAAGGUCAGCUUCCCGCCAUUUUAGCACCGACAUGUCGAUUGAGCAAAUGGAGUUUUUGGAGUGUCUAUUCCCAACAGAUUUUCAUUCUGUCCCUCCCCACUACACAGAGCUCCUAACGUUCCAUUCCAAAGAAGGGACUGAUGCCCACCUCCCCGUGUGUCUUCAGCUUUACUAUAAGCACUCUGAGACUAGAGGACCCCAGGGUAAUCAAGCAAGACUGAGUUCAGUUCCUCAGAAAGCGGAAUUACAAAUUAAAUUAAAUCCAGUGUGUUGUGAGCUGGAUAUCAGUAUCGUGGAUAGGCUAAAUUCCUUGCUUCAACCACAAAAACUCACCACAGUAGAGAUGAUGGCCUCGCACAUGUAUGCAUCAUAUAAUAAGCAUGUUAGUUUGCAUAAAGCUUUCACUGAAGUGUUUCUAGAUGACUCUCACAGUCCUGCGAAUCGUCGGGUGUCUGUACAAGUUGCCACCCCAGCGCUGCAUCUUUCUGUUCGCUUUCCCAUUCCUGACCUUCGGUCAGACCAGGAGAGAGGACCCUGGUUUAAGAAGUCACUUCAGAAGGAGACCCUCCAUUUAGCAUUCACAGAUCUGGAGUCUCAGACGGAGUUUGUGGGAGGAUCCACCCCAGAACAAACUAAACUGGAACUGACUUUUAGAGAGCUAACUGGGUCAUUUCAGGAGGAGAAGGGGGAGCCAUCUAUCAAGUUUUUCCAUGUGUCUGGUGGAGUUGAUGGAGACACAGCAUCAUCAGAUGACUUUGACUGGCCAAGAAUGGUACUGAAAAUAAACCCACCAGCCAUGCAUUCCAUUUUGGAGAGAAUAGCAGCUGAAGAAGAGGAAGAGAGUGAUGGUCACUACCAGGAAGAGGAAGAAGGAGGGGCUCAUUCCCUAAAAGAUGUCUGUGACCUGAGGCGACCAGCCCCAUCUCCCUUUUCCUCUCGUAGAGUAAUGUUUGAGAAUGAGCAGAUGGUGAUGCCAGGAGACCCUGCAGAGAUGACAGAGUUUCAGGAUAAAGCCAUCAGCAAUUCCCACUAUGUGCUGGAACUUCUGCUACCAAAUGUUCACAUGACACUGCCCAAUAAAAACUUUUACGAGAAGCUGUAUAACAGGAUCUUCAAUGACUUGCUUCUCUGGGAGCCAACAGCUCCUUCACCAGUGGAGACACUUGAGAAUAUUUCCUAUGGCAUUGGGCUCUCGGUAGCCAGUCAGCUGAUAAACACCUUCAGCAAAGACAGCUUCAGUCCCUUUAAAUCUGCAGUUCACUAUGAUGAAGACAGUGGAUCUGAAGAAGAGACUUUGCAGUAUUUUUCUGCUGUUGAUCCCAACUAUCGUUCCCGUAGGAAAAAAAAGUUGGACUCUCAGAACAAGAACUCUCAGAGUUUCCUCUCAGUCCUUCUGAGUAUCAAUCAUGGAUUAAUGGCAGUGUUCACAGAUGUAAAGCAAGAUAAUGGUGAGCCGAUGGAAAAUAAGCAUGGUGAAUUCUGGUUAGAAUUCAACAGUGGCUCAUUAUUUUGUGUGACAAAAUACGAAGGUUUCGAUGACAAGCACUACAUCUGCCUACAUUCCAGCAGCCUCAGUCUGUACCACAAAGGCAUAGUAGAUGGAGCCAUUCUUGCUACAGAGACACGGUUGCCCAGUUCAACCCGCCCACAUUGGUUGGAACCUACAAUUUAUUCCUCUGAAGAAGACGGUCUCAGCCGAGCUGCCUCUGAUGGUGUUGGAGGAGACAAUUUGAAUAUGCUCUCAGUGGCAGUGAAGAUAGAGUCCGAUAAAUCCGAGUCUAAUACGAAGGAGUUCCUUGUGGCCGUGGGGCUGAAAGGAGCCACUCUACAGCACAGAAUGCUGCCGACUGGACUCAGUUGGCACGAGCAGAUUUUAAACUUCUUGAAUAUUGCUGAUGAACCUGUUUUGGGAUAUAACCCUCCAACUUCAUUUACAACUUUUCAUGUUCAUCUUUGGAGCUGUGCACUUGAUUACAGGCCCCUUCACCUGCCAAUCCGAUCCCUUCUUACUGUUGAGACAUUCAGCAUUUCUAGCAGCGUUGCCUUGGAUAAAUCUUCUUCCACUCUCAGAAUCAUCAUGGAUGAAGCUGCUUUACUCCUAUCUGACAAGUGUAACACUGUCACUAUAAACCUGAAUAGAGAUUAUGUUCGUGUGAUGGACAUGGGACUUUUAGAGCUGACCAUAACUGCAGUGAAGUCAGAUUCUGACGGAGAACAGACUGCGCCUCGCUUUGAGUUGCACUGUUCCAGUGAUGUCGUCCAUAUCAGAACCUGCUCAGACUCCUGCGCUGCGCUAAUGAAUCUCAUUCAGUAUGUCGCAAGUUACGGGGACUUACAUGGGCCUAACAAAGCAGAGAUGAAGCCUGGAGUCCCACAGAGAAAGCCAAAGGUAGAUUCCAGUGUUCAGUCAUCAUCACGUGGCCCCGUGCUUCCUGAAGCUGAGCAGCAGAUUUUACGGGACCUGAUGAGUGACGCCAUGGAGGAGAUUGACAUGCAGCAGGCCUCUGCCCCUGUCGGACCACAGGCUAAUGGUGUCCUGGAUGAAAAGUUGCACACUCAGGAGCCGUGCUGUUCAGACCUCUUCUUGUUCCCAGACGAGAGUGGGAAUGUGUCCCAGGAGCCAAGCCCUACUUAUGCUUCCCCGACUCACCACCUGAUCAGCGACACAAUGGCAGGAGCACCCAAUGAGAAUGAUGAUUUUUGCAUUCUUUUUGCACCAAAAGCAGCCAUUCAGGAGAAGGAAGAAGAGCCAGUGGUAAAGGUCAUGGUUGAUGACGCGAUUGUGAUAAGAGACGACUAUUUCAGUCUGCCCAUUACAAGGACAGAUGGCAGCAAAGCCCCACUCAAGUUUCCUGUCCCUGACAUUCGCUAUGUUGUGAAGGAAGUCUCUCUGGUGUGGCAUCUUUAUGGAGGCAAGGACUUCGCAACAGUUCCUCCUCCUUCUCCAGCCAAGAGUUACAUUAGUCCCCAUAGCUCACCUUCUCAAACACCUACAAGGCAUGGACGUCAUACAGUCUAUGGGGGCAAAGGAAGAAAUCAUGACUUUUUAAUGGAAAUCCAAUUAAGCAAGGUGAAGUUUCAGCAUGAAGUCUAUCCCCCGUGUAAGCCCGAGUGUGAGUCCAGCCUCCUAGAAUACCCGGUCUCCAGACAGGUGUUCGUCGUUCAGGAUCUUGAAAUUAGAGAUCGGCUGGCAACAUCACAAAUGAACAAAUUUUUAUACCUGUAUUGCAGCAAAGACAUGCCUCGUAAAGCUCAUUCCAACAUGUUGACAAUUAAAGCAUUGCACGUCCGUCCAGAGUCUGGUAGGUUACCGCAGGAAUGCUGCUUGAGGGUGUCACUGAUGCCGCUUCGCCUCAAUAUCGACCAGGACGCUUUGUUCUUCCUCAAGGAUUUCUUCACAAGUCUUUCUACAGAAGUGGAGCUUCUCUUGACUCCAGAUCCAGAAGUUACAAAGUCUCCUGGAGCUGAUGUCACCUGCAGUUUGCCAAGGCAUUUGAGUACCUCAAAGGAGCCAAAUCUAGUUGUUUCUUUCCCUGGGCCAAAGCAACCUUCCUCAAACCAUAGUGCCAAUUCAGUGGAGGGGGCUAGUGGACUGGAGGAGAAGGACUUCUCAACUGAGGAAGCUUCAUUUAGUGACCAGCCUGUGUUUUUUAGAGAAUUCAGAUUCACGGCAGAAGUUCCUAUUCGGCUUGACUAUCAUGGCAAACAUGUGUCAAUGGACCAGGGAACACUGGCCGGGAUUUUGAUUGGCCUGGCCCAGUUGAACUGUUCUGAGCUAAAGCUGAAGAGGCUCUUCUACAGGCACGGUUUGCUAGGUAUUGACAAAUUGUUCUCAUAUGCAAUCACCGAAUGGCUCACUGACAUUAAGAAGAACCAGCUACCAGGAAUCCUAGGAGGUGUUGGGCCUAUGCAUUCACUAGUUCAAUUAGUGCAAGGCCUCAAAGACUUGGUGUGGCUGCCAAUCGAGCAGUACCGGAAGGAUGGCCGCAUCGUCAGAGGCUUCCAGAGAGGUGCUGCUUCCUUUGGUACCUCAACUGCAAUGGCUGCUCUAGAACUCACAAACAGAAUGGUUCAAACCAUACAGGCAGCAGCAGAGACUGCUUAUGACAUGGUGUCUCCAGGUACCCUUUCUAUUGAACCCAAGAAGGCAAAGAGAUUUCCUCAUCACCGUUUAGCCCACCAGCCAGUGGACCUGAGAGAAGGUGUGGCCAAGGCCUACAGUGUUGUAAAAGAGGGAAUUGCAGACACGGCUCAGACCAUUUAUGAGACAGCAGCUCGAGAACACGAGAGCAGAGGGGUCACCGGCGCUGUGGGUGAAGUUCUGCGCCAGAUCCCACCGGCAGUGGUCAAGCCUCUAAUUGUAGCCACCGAAGCAACAUCCAAUGUGUUAGGUGGCAUGAGAAACCAAAUUAGACCAGAUGUUCGGCAGGACGAGUCACAGAAAUGGCGCCACGGGGAGGACUGAGGCUUCCAGUGUGACCCACAGUGUGUGGAGCUAAGGAGCGGGGGUCCUAGUGGCAGCUUCAUAGAGAGUUGUCUAAUUUAUGUGCUCAUCUCAGGAACAAAAGCAGUUUUUAGUUAAAUAAUUCUAUGUCAAAACACAUGCAGCCAAAACCUUGUGACAUUUUAGGGCCUGGCACUUGCCUACAGAAGUGGCAGGUGUCUGGUGUCAUGGUCAGUAGAGAUUGCUGCCGUGCUAAAUGCUUUGCCUUCGUUAAAGUGGCUGUAAUCGUACUUGUUACUGACAAGAUCUCAUUGGGAACAUCUUUGUAAACAGUGUUGAGUGCUAAAGAAAAAUAUUGGAGCACACUUGUAGUUCUGGGGAGUUGAUUUUUCAACUCAGUUUCAACACUUCUGAUGCUGCUGAGAGAAGCCACAGGGAAAGCAAAGCAGCUAGGGCUCCAGUGUCUGAUAAAGCAGGGCCUCGACUCCCUGAGGGACCAGCUGCUCAGCUCACCUGGAGAAAGUGAGUGUCACAGACGAGAUCUGCUGUGCUGCACUUUAUCCUCUGUUCGUGCGUGCGUGCGUGCGUGUGUGUGUGUGUGUGUGUGUGUGUGUGUGUGUGUGUGUGUGUAGUAUAAUGCCAGGUGUACUGUGUUCUCUGUCAUUUACAAGAUUACAUAAACAUAAAAAGAAGUGAAAAUGUCUCACAGAUUUUGGAAAGGAAGGUAACCCAAAUGUAGUAAGUUUCUGUGUCCAAGUGCAGCUGUGUGUUCUUUGAUGGGCACUGUAUCCAUUGUUAAGUACACAAUGCAGACUGUUAAGGUGUGUGGUAAGGGACACUGGAAGUGGGUUUUAUUCUUAGAAAGUUAAUUAAAAAUGCUCCAAAUAUGUUCUAGUCAGCUAAUUCAAAGUACCAUUUUUACGUGGUUAAUAUUGUACAUUUUGAUAACAUGUCAGGAAUGAAUAAAGUAUUUUUAUUUAAAGGUAAGAUUGUUGUAUACUUCUGUGAAUAUUUUGUUUUUUCUGAAAGCAUAUUCAUUGAUGUAAUGUUAAUGAUUGACAGUGGGAUAUUUGGAGACACUUCUCAGAAUUGAUUGUGGUUAGUAUCACACAUUGUUGAGGAGAAAAGGGGUAAUGUUUGCAGUCUGCCUAAAGACCCAACAGUAAACCAGGACUUUGUAUUCAUCCCUGUUUAGAGUCGCCUGCUGUCCCCUCAUGGUUUCUAAAGUGUUGGUGGGUAUCAGGGUGAAGUGGAUGCCACAGUUGCAUCCCAGUUUGUAGGUGAAAAGGAAGGUCAGUCUCACCCUCUGAAAACUCUGAACAAGAAGGCAGUGCCAACCCCAAAUCCAAGCUCCAGAGUUUGCAAAAGUAGUGUUGUAUACAUUUGCAUAAGCUUGAUUUCCUUUGACUGCUGUGAAAUUGAAAAAAAAAAAAACAGAUCUCAGCAGCCACUGGUAGGCCUCAUGGGACCUCAUGGUGGGCUCUUCUGUUCUUGUUAAGUGGGGCAGGUGUCUGAUAGGCCCUGGGCAGACACUGCAGGUAGUAGAGGCAUGUGUUGCCAUGACUGGCUAGCCACUCUGCCCUUCUAAUGAAACAUGCAGUAUGUGCUGCUGUUGCAUUUGGUCAGACUUCACCCUACGUCUCCUUCUUAGUUAUGUUUAAGGUCAGUGAGAAUUGGUACAUGGAAGUAAUGUCCCCUUUGACCUCUGAGCUGUGUACAGCUCUUUCUUUUAACUAGUUAAAUUAAUGAAGCCAUGUAAACAAGUAUCUUUAUGAUGUCAUCUCCUGCUUCUCCCUGUUGACCUCUACCUUGCCAGAGAUGUUGAUUCGGUCUCCAGGGCUAUGUGCAUUUAUCCAGGCCCUGGUGAGGACUUGUCUGUAUUUGAACACUUCUAAGUUACAUGACUGUUGUGACGACAUGUAGUAUGUUGGCAUAAGCACAAAUAAUGGUGUGUGCCUCUGUGCUCAGUAGAGUGCCCAGAUGCGUCCUGUGAGUCUGGUGGCCAUGGACACCGUGGCUGUGCCACACCAUGGCGGCUGUGGGCUACUUCAGAUCUCUACUCUCAGAGUGACACCUUCCUGAUCUGGCAGCAUGACUGGAGUAAGCUGCAGGUAUUCACCUAUUGCUACUGAGGUCCACAGAGUCUCCCCAAGGAACCAGGGAAGCAAGUUUGCUCGAGAUCGCUCAGUUGGGCCAGAUGUUGACUAUUGCCUAUGGAAACAGAGACCACAGCAAUGGGACUGCCAAAUGGGACUGGCUGGGAGCCUCCACUUCUCCCCUCUGUCUGUCCUCACACCCUGAGCCGGACAUCAUAGCAGUAGGCUUCCAUUUUAAUGAGGUUUCUAGGAAAUUUGAAUUCCUACUUAGGAGAAUAUAUAUUUGUCAUCAGUAUUCUUAAAAUGUAAAAGUCACUGUAAGAAAAAGAAUCCAAGUAGCAGUGUUCCUGAGUACCUGGGCCCUUCUGUCCUGCCUCCUGUCCUGUGUCCCUUGGAAGGCCACUGCAGGACCCCUAUUAGUCCAGUCAGCUGUGUCUGCUCCAGUGGCUGCCUAUCCAGGGCCCCUGCCCCUCCCUGGGUGUCCUGUGACUCGGGACUGACACCUGGGUGUUUUCACUAUUGGGAUUGGAAAUGAGGAUUCUACCCUGCCAUAAAUGGCUUCUAUUCCAGGGUUCUGGGGACAGGGGGAAACACUUCUUCCCUGCCUCCCUUCACAUCCCACUGGGGAUGUAGAGUUUAGAGUCCCUUGGAAGGACUGAACACAGGGGUGACAUUCUUCUGUCUGCGGCCGGACGGACCACUUGGUAUCAAAGUCAAAUACAUGUUUGCACCUUAGGGUGAAAAGGAAGAUUAUUUGUAUAGUGUAGAGAAGUAUAUUGAUGAUUUCCUUUUUUUAUCAGGAAGUUUUAUUUUGGUUUACAGGAAGGUAUAGCCACUAUUCUUGUAAGAACAUUAGUAUGUCACGUGCCAGCCUCUGUUUGGCCAUUUUCAGGAUUGUAUUGGGCACACUUCCCUUUGUGCACAGUUGGAGGCCAGCCAGCAUUGCUCAGAAGUGUUCUCCAUUUCCCAGACAGAAAUUGUGGAUGAGAAAUCUUUGAGUCUUGUCAUUUCCUAUUUUGAAUCUCUUCAUUUCCUGUAGGGAUAGGACUCAGAGGCCCACGUUGGUCUUCUCUAGCCAGCGCUGGGAUUAGGCAAGUCAUUCACUUUGUAGUAAGCAUCAGGGUGCUGUCUAUCUGCUGCAGUUCAGAGGGUGUGACUGUAUGGUCAGCUGCUCCCUUACACUUGGGCACUUGGCAGCGUGCACAGGGCUGGGGCUGGCCUCUCCACAAAGGUGUUUGUUUACUCGGUUGCCUCACUUUUCUGGCUGGAAUUGUCUAGCCUUGUUUGUGUAGCCCGCUGGUCUCACUGUGAUGCUUGCUUUUUCAUGGAGUUUGUAGGCACCAAGUUCAUCUUUUCUGUGGAUCCUCCUUGCCUGUCUCAGAUGUUAAAGCAUCUCACACAGCCAUUGUCUUUUCUGAGAAUCCUGACUCUCCUAAUUAUGGCAACUCUGGAUGUAAAUAAGAAUAUUCCUCUGUACAAGUAUUUUUGUGAAACAUGUAACUUGUUAGUGUGACUAUUUAAAACAUGAUGAUGUUAAGAAUACUUGUGAAAAAAAUUAAAAUAUUUCAUCUUUGUUUUUUCCUUUAAGAUUAAGUAUUGUCUGUCGCCGAGAACCAUUUCUUGAAUUUGCUGGAACUGUUUUUGGGGGUGGGAUCUGUGUCUCAAGGAUCCUUUCUCCUGGCACCUCAGAUCUAGUGUGUAUAUGCCACCAGUUUCUGAGCUGUAUUGGGCUAUAUUGUUUACGUGUGCCACUCCCACCCUUUUGGGGUACUGACGAUUUUACUGGUUAUCCCUUCAAUGUGGACUUCCGGUCUUAGGGAUGUCGAUAGAUGCUUGUAAAUCUCUGGAGGAGGAAGACGCAAGACAUUUAAAUAGACAAAUUAUUUUAAAAGGAGUUUUGAUGUGGUGUGUCUCUUUCUAACCAACACAUUGGCAGUUGGGUGAAAUUGACAAGCCAGGCAUCACACUCGGUACUUAAGAAGGAAGGAAGGGCGCAUCUAUGAGAUGCACAGAUAUCAGCCAGGCUCUCAUGUGUGUCCUUCAUUAGGAGUCUGCCCAGGAGAGGCCCCGAGACCUUGCUUCAUGUGAUCCCCACACCUCUUGCUUUCUUG